UCUAUUCCUCUUACCUUUGAAUUCUUAAGCACCAAUGGCUCUCUCUUCAUAUUCUAAGAUCUCCCUUCUAGCCUUUUCUGUGUCUCUCUUUGCAUGUUUUGCUCUGGCUCACGAUUUUUCUAUUGUGGGUUAUUCACCGGAGCACUUGACUUGCUUGGAUAAAAUCUUAGAGCUGUUUGAAUCAUGGGUGUCAAAACAUGGCAAAACUUACAGGAGCAUUGAAGAGAAGUUGCAUAGGUUUGAGAUAUUCAAAGACAACUUGAAGCACAUUGAUGAGAGAAAUAAGGAGAUUAGUAGCUACUGGCUUGGGUUGAAUGAGUUUGCAGACAUGAGCCAUGAGGAGUUUAAGAAUAAGUAUUUAGGAUUGAAACCUGCCUUGCCCAGAAGAGAAGGGUCCUCCAGAGAUUUUAGUUACAGAGAUGUGGUAGAUUUGCCCAAGUCUGUGGAUUGGAGAAAGAAUGGAGCUGUUACUCCAGUCAAGAACCAAGGUUCAUGUGGUAGUUGUUGGGCAUUUUCUACUGUCGCUGCUGUUGAGGGCAUAAGCCAGAUAGUCUCUGGAAAUUUAACUUCAUUGUCUGAGCAAGAGCUGAUUGAUUGUGAUAGAACUUUCAAUAAUGGCUGCAAUGGGGGUCUGAUGGAUUAUGCAUUUGAAUUCAUUGUCUCCAGUGGUGGACUGCAUAAGGAGGAAGACUAUCCAUAUUUAAUGAAGGAAGGAACUUGUGAAGAGCAGAAGGAAGAAAUGGAGAUGGUGAAAAUUAGUGGUUAUCAAGAUGUGCCACAAAAUGAUGAAGAAAGUCUUUUGAAAGCAUUGGCACACCAACCACUGAGUGUAGCUAUUGACGCCUCUGGUCGAGACUUUCAAUUUUAUAGUGGGGGAAUAUUCAAUGGCCAUUGUGGAACUGAGCUAGAUCAUGGAGUAACAGCUGUUGGAUAUGGUUCCUUGAAGGGGUCAGAUUACAUCAUUGUGAAGAAUUCAUGGGGACCAAAGUGGGGGGAGAAAGGGUACAUAAGGAUGAAGAGAAACACUGGAAAACCCGAGGGGCUUUGUGGUAUCAACAAAAUGGCUUCAUAUCCUACCAAAAAGAACUGAUCUACUAAUUCCCCUCCCAUGUCAACUUUUCUUCAUUCCAUAUUUAUUCCUUUCCAAGAUUGAUGAAGUUUUAUUUGUAUGCCCAUGUUCCUUCAAUAAAAUGUUUUCUCUAGAAACUCUCUAAAAGUUUAAUACAAAUUCAGAAUUAAAAUAAAAUUGUCAUCCAAUUCUGGAAGACACUCAAAGAGCCUUUAAUGGCUAGUACUUUUUAUCCAACUGAUAAA